UAACAACAAAAGCACCAACGGCAUUCGAAUUAUUUUAAUAAGGCGAUUCUUUCAUUGAAGUUUUAUUCAUAACUGAAACCACACUAAUAAUUUUCAUAAUAUAGAUGAAAACAGAUUUUCCAAAAUUGUCUUUUUUGCGAACUUUUUUUUACACAACCUGGGCAAAAACACUCUGGGUCAAACUGUAUCGGGAAAAAAUUCAUACAGGGCGAUCAAAAACACUUAGAUUUGCAAAGUGCACUGUAAACUACAUGUAGAAAUCACUAGUAUUAUUCUUAAUCUUUUGUAGGACAAUUCAUCAAAGUCAACUAAUAAGCAUUUUAUAACCAUUAUAUAAGAGUAAAUACAUAGCACAGAGAAAGAUUUAGGUCACCAUCAUACGUGCAGUUCUAGUUAUGAAGUGAACAUAUAUAUUCAUACAUAUGUGAAUUACAAAAUACUUCAUUAUUAAAUACAUUUCUUUGGACAAAUAUACAAAUAAAGAACUAGCAAUUUAAUUAUCGUUGAUGAAUGUGUAUCGUGAAAAUUUAUGAUUGUGAGUUCCAGUAAUUUACAACAAAUUCUGUUAAUGUUUUAAAACAUAUCGAUGCGAAAUAGAUACAUUUCUAGAUAAUCUAAUUAGUAUAACACGUGAUACAAGAUAACAUAAGAAUAGAAUAUUUUUUCAUAAUAAAUGUUGAAAUGCAAUAAAAUUUAAAUUGACACGGUCAGAAAGUGUGACAAGGCUGCAUGAAGGCCUUAAUAUAACAUCACACACAAGAUUUUCCUUGUGCAGUAGUGAUUUUGCAUAUGUAAUGCUAUUGUUAUUCAGCCUCAUUAAAAUUUUAUCUGGUUGCGUGUGAUGUAUAGAUAAAAGUAUAAGUACACAUAUUUUUUGCAGUGCAUGUUUACAUCUUUAGAAUGUUACUUAGUACAUACGAAGUAAAGGCAUGCUUAAAAUGUUAUCGUCAAUUUUGGCGGAAGUUUGGGGAUCGUUAAAUUCAGAAAGAUUUAACUAAGGUAUGAUACAUUUGCCUUUCUAUACAUUUUAUUCUUUCUUCUGAUAUAAUUAGAUAUAACAAAGUAAAACGACACAUUUUGAAAAAUACGAGUAUUGAAUAUUUAAAUCUUUCUAAACAUAAAAUUUGGCAAUGUGAACAAAUCGGCACUCCAUCAUCUACCUCUGACUUUUUAGAAUAUGCAUAUUUCUUUAUUGAAAGCAGUGAUACAGUUUGUCUCGUAAUUAAGUGUUUUCAGUAAUUAGUUUAUAAUCAUAUUGUUAACAAAAAUAAACGAUAUGUAGUGCUUUCAUCUAUUGAUGAAAUCAGAUGGAUGAUCUUUACUUUAAUUAACACAAUCAUUAUGCAUGUAAUCACAUUGUAUACUUUUAGUACUAUCUUCUAGUAAAUCAUACAAAUAAUCAUUUAGUAAGAGCAUGUACGGAUAACCUUCUUCUAGAAUAGUUUGAUGUUGCUAGGAUACAGAUUUUCAGAUAAAUGAUAUAAUUGACUGAUUUUGAAUGAGCACUCUGAAUACUUCUGAUUCCCCCCUCCCCAGUUUUGCUUUUAAAAGCGCGAUGAAGACUAUUUCAUGGAUUAAGUUUUUUCAUUUUGGAACAAACAUUUUUUGUUAUUGAAUAAUAGUCUAAAUUCGGUGCUGUUUAAAACAACUAUGUGAUCUAUUUUUUUUUGUUUCUCAAAGGAAGAGUUAAAUCAUACAUUCUACCUUUUGCCCAUUUUCUUUUCCUUGUUUUCCUUAAUCAUUCAGGUUGUAUAAUGCAAUAUAUAAAUGGGUUUUUCAACAAGUAUUUUAUAAAAUAAAUAAUUCAAAAAAUAAAAAAAACAACAUAUUUUCUUACUAUGAUAGAGUUAUAAACUCUGCACACUUUCUUGCAAACUGACAAAUAAGCAUUUAAAUAAAAAAAAUGUUUUGAAAAAACAUGAAAUGAUUGUUCCUUAAAAAUUAAAAAAAAAAUUAAUAACAUACAAUUUUUGCUAUUCUUUUUUUUUUUUUAGGUCAAUACGAUGAUUUAGCUAAAGUACAAUAUUUAAGGAGCCGGAGGCGAGGUGAAUAUUGUACUUAAAGGGUAGCUAAUUCAUCGUAUUGAUCGAAAAAAACCCAGCAAUAAUUAUUUUAUUAUAUGAUUCAGCAACAAAAUGAUGCAGACAUAUCAAAUUGAAUGUUAUCAAGCGAAGCUUUUAGUUUGAGGCCAUAGCAGAACAAAUUGAGAAACGCGUUAUUUCAUUGGAUCGUCUAUUUUUGGUACAAUGAAGAGAAAAUCAAAUGUUAUAUUGACCUCCUAGGUCAAGUAGGUGAAUAUUAUACAAUUAUUGCUGUUUUUGAGGUAAAUACGAUGAUUUAGCUACCCUAGAAGUAUAAUAUUUACUGAGCUAGACUCGAGGUGAAUAUUGUACUUCGAGGGUAGCUUAAUCAUCGUAUUGAUAGAAAAACAGCAAUAAUUAUUUAAUUAUAUGAUUCAGCGACGAAUUCAUACAGACAAAUAUCAAAUUGAGUGUUAUCAAGCAAUGUUUUAGUUUGAAGCCAUUGCCAAACAAAUUGAGAAACGCUAUGUUUCAUUGGACGAUCUAUUUUUAGUCCAAUGUUGAGAAAUCAAAUGUUAUAUUGACCUCUUAGGUCACGUACAAGUGAUUAUAACGUUCUGGGUUUUUUCAAGAUAGUUGAAUCUGAGCCAAUCAAAAAGCUAGGAAUUAAUAUAUAAGAAAAAGUGUUAUUUUUUCUAGAUAGUUGGAUAUGAACCAAUUAGAGAGCUAGGAAUUAUUCAAUCAUGUAAUAAAAUAAUAUAUUAUAGGUAUUUGUUUUGGACAACAUUAAAAACUCUCUUAAGAAACUUUUAAAAGGUAAUUCUAACAGCCGAUAUCAGAUACAUGACAUUUUUAAAACGAUUUGAAAUUUCAAAACAACGCGUAAAGAAGCAUUUUUCGUUAUCGGUUGCUUUUAAACUCAAGUGGUUUUUUUUAAUUUUAUAGUCUGGUCCAAAAUUAAAAUGAAUAUAAACGUUUAAUACUGGCAUUUUAGUAGCGAUUUAAAUGUGCAGUGACCUUUCAAUGAUACAUUUAAUUCUUGAUUAUGAUUUUUACCAAUUACCACUGCUAAAUAGUGUGUACACAAACUGUUGACUAAAUUGUACAUUCCGUAAUUUUCUUCUCUAAUUGUCUUUGACGAAUAAUCACAUAUCCAUGCAUUACAUUCCCACCUUACGCAGAUUACUAUUUAAUUUGUAGUUUCCAUUUUUUAGCUUCAAACAGAGCUUAUGCUGUCUAACAGUUUUUAGAUCCAAACCUUCUGCUGCAUAAACUACAUGUAUUUAGUGUCGAACUAUGGCUGCAGUUUCAACUGUCCUUGCUGUGUGUUUUUUCGGAGGGGUCAAUAGCCAGACACCAGUGCAAGUUAAGAGUCUUGUAGACAAUCUUCUCUCUAAAUACGACAAGCGAAUUCGUCCGGUGGAGAACCAGGCUCUUUCUGUGACUCUAGACGUGAGUUUUAGCCUAAUUAGCAUCAUAGGGGUGGAUGAAGUAAACGAAAAACUGGAGACGUCCGGUCAUUUGACCAUACUAUGGAUAGACUCCCUUCUUAAAUGGGAUCCGGCCAGUAAUAACGGUAUUUCCACGAUAUUUCUGCCUCAGAACGACAUUUGGAAACCAGACAUAGUGCUGGGAAAUGGUAUCAGAAAAUUUGAAGAAUUUGGGGGCAGUUUUUACAAUGUUGAAGUUGACAAUUUUGGUGACGUUUUGUGGAAACCUUUCCAAGUCUUUGAAACACAAUGUAGUAUCUAUACCACAUACUUUCCCUACGACAGAGAAGUUUGUGAGAUUGUCUUCGUGGUUUGGAGUUACACGAUCGCCGAAGUUGAGAUUUCAAGAUCCACGGAUGGAAUUAACCUGAACGAAUACAAAGAAAGUGGCGUCUGGGAAAUCACACGAACCGAUGUUAAAAUAAGCAAAGAGUCCCUUGAAUCCAAGGUAACAUUUUCAAUUCACAUCAAGAGGAAGCCCUUUUAUUAUGUAUUCAACAUCAUGAUUCCAAUUCUUUUUCUGGGAAUGCUCACCAUUUUAGUUUUCGCUCUGCCCGGAGAUGCCGGAGAAAAGAUGUCAUAUGCAAUGACCGUGUUUCUAUCUUUCGCUGUCUUUCUGACCAUUAUCAACACCCUGCUUCCAGUAAGCUCGGAAACAACACCUGUUCUUAGCAUAUACCUUCUUAUGCAGAUGACGAUGGGCUUUCUUGUUUUGUUCAUCACAGCUUUACAAAUACGCUUGCAUCACCGAGACACGUCAGUUCCAAUAUCUAAACCCUUUCGGUUUAUGGUUCGCCUCAUGCAUUACUUUCACUGCCGCAAAUCUUGUAAAAUAUCCCCCGCGAAAAACAAGGACAGUGAAGAGAGAGAUAACUUUGAUUCAGUGGAGGAAACCUCUCAAGAGGAGGAAAACAGACCCGAAUGGAAGGAUGUAACGUCCGCAAUCGAUUUCCUGGCAUUUUGGAGUUUCUUUCUUCUUUAUCUGUGUCUGACCGUGUAUCUGUUUGCAACAAUCAUCAGAGGAAGCUGAGGGGGAAAAGAUGACAAAAAAGUUUAAAUACUAAUAUACAUUUUUUGAAUUAAUAUUUUCUCCACUUUAUAUCAAUGAACUCUUUUGGACAUUUGUAUUUUGUUUAUUGAUUGGGAGUGCUAAUAAUAGAUAAAAAUAUGGAUUAACAUAUUAUUUCUCAAUUGAUAUUGUAAUCAACAGACAAAUGAAACACAUUAAUUUACUUAUAUGCUGAAUGUACACGUAAUUUAUUUUAGAUCGAUCCAUAAUCAAAUAAGAAAUGUAUGCUUCCUUCAUUGCAAUGUUUAGUUUAAAAAAUAGCAUAAAAUUAUUUGGAAGCUUUAUAAUAAGAAUACAAGUAUUCAUGCAUUUAGAUUUUGAAUGAACUGGUCGAUAUAUACAUGUACCUCAAUCAAUCGACCCAUGCAAAGAAACUAGUAAGGUAAAGCGUUUUAGAGCAGCAUUAAAGAGUCUCCAGUUGUUUAACAGUUGGCAAUGUAUUCAUAAUGUUUUGUCAUGCACCAUAUCUAAAACUACUUUCAUCGUCUUUGUCAGUUUUUAAUUGAUUAUCAAAUAAUUCUGAAUAAAUAUGAUAAAUUUGGAAACACAAGAGUGUCUUAAAAUGUAAACUUUUAACCCCUACCUUUCUAGCGGUGGGAGCAUGAAGACAUCAAACAAAAAUUACUUCAUACGGAUUUUAUCUUUGCAAUUUUUUUGAGUAGCCUAAUGUUAAAAGGGUAAUAAGUGUACUUUCAAGGUAAACAUUCAUCCUUGAAAAGAAUUAGCUGGACAGAAACAACUAUAACCAAAAUGUCUUCUUAUUUUUAGUUUCCACAUCUUUUAACCAUAAACUCCUAUGUUUAUUCAAGUGUACAGUACGUUAGCAUACAUUAGCAAUCGAUUUAUAAAAAGAGGAUUGUUAUUAAAGACGACGAUGACAAAGGACAAACAAGUAAAAGCCCAAAUCACACUUACUA